UUAAUGUUAAGUAAUUUUGGUAGAUUAAUUUUUUUAAUGUUGUAGAAGUAUAUAAAAUAUAGGAGGUGGUCACUUCACUUCUCGUUAUUUCAACAAGCAGUAGAGAAGAAGAAAAAAAAACCUACGAAAAGGAUUAGUCGAGAAAUAUGGCUGAGGUAAAGGUUGGAAUAGCUAAUGAUGUUACUGAAUUGAUUGGUAACACACCUUUGGUAUACUUGAACAAAAUUACCGAGGGCUGUGUUGCGCGUGUUGCUGCCAAGCUGGAGUCGAUGGAACCGUGCUCGAGUGUCAAGGAUAGGAUUGCACAUAGCAUGAUUUCAGAUGCAGAAGAAAAAGGGCUUAUCACACCGGGAGUGAGUGUCCUGAUUGAACCAACAAGCGGCAACACCGGCAUAGGGUUGGCCUUCAUUGCAGCCGCUAAAGGAUACAAGCUAAUCAUUACAAUGCCUGCUUCCAUGAGUCUUGAACGUAGAAUAGUUCUCCGUGCUUUUGGUGCUGAGUUGGUGCUAACAGAUCCUGCUAAGGGAAUGAAAGGAGCAGUUGCAAAGGCUGAGGAGAUUCGGGAUAAGACAUCCAACUCUUACAUUUUUCAGCAGUUUGAAAAUGAAGCCAACCCAAGGAUACAUUACAAAACCACUGGACCUGAGAUCUGGAAAGCAACAAAUGGAAAAAUCGAUGGCUUCGUCUCUGGAAUUGGCACGGGAGGCACUAUUACAGGUGCAGGAAAAUAUUUUAAAGAACAGAACCCCGAGAUAAAGCUAUAUGGUCUUGAACCAACUGAAAGUGCUAUUCUGUCCGGAGGGAAGCCUGGUCCACACAAAAUCCAAGGAGUUGGUGCUGGUUUCAUCCCUGGUGUUCUAGAUGUUGAUCUCAUCGAUGAAGUAGUUCAAGUUUCAAGCGAAGAAGCAAUAGAGACUGCUAAGCUUCUUGCGGCGAAAGAAGGGUUGCUGGUCGGGAUAUCAUCCGGUGCAGCAGCAGCAUCUGCUAUCAAGAUUGCAAAACGUCCUGAAAAUGCUGGAAAGCUCAUUGUUGCCAUUUUCCCUAGCUUUGGGGAGCGAUAUCUUUCUUCGGUGCUCUUUGAAUCAAUCAGGAAGGAGGUUGAGAACCAGCCCUUCGAGCAGUGAGCACACUCCCGUGCUAUGCUACACCAAUCUCUAAAGCUUUCUUUUGCGAUGGAAUAAUGGACAGGCACCGGCUCUCUGUUUCUCACACUCACGUUUCUGAAUCAUCGAGAGUUGGUAGCCUUAUUUUUACACACUUGCAAUUGAAUCUGUUCAGUUUCUGUCAAAAUUUUCAGUGAAAUCUGUCUGUUUCUUGGAUGUUUGUAAACAACUCAUUGCUUGCUUUCUUCAAAAAUCAAAAGCUGUCUGUGUGCAA